AUGCCUCGGGACUACCUGACGAGCCUGCCCGUCGAGCUCUUCGACUACAUCUGCCAGCUCGUCUACGUCUGGGACCGGACGGGCCCCUGGGGCGACGGCCGCCAAUUCCUUGGCGCCAUCUCGAAGGCGUUCCUUCCUUUCGCUCGGAAGCGCCUCUUUCCAACGGUGAAAGCCUACGAUGAGAAGAAAGCCCUGAGGCUUCUGAACCUUUUGGCGACCAGCCCCGGUGCAGCCGCGUAUGUCACGAGCCUGACGAUAGUGUUAGACGAGUAUGCUCUAUCGGCUCGGAAGAUCAAGACCAGCCUACUCAGCGCGGCGCUCGCGAACCUCGUCUGCGUGCAGACACUCACGGUUGACGGCGCCGGACGCUUCGCAAAGAUGGUCCUCUCACCUCGCAAGGCUGGUCUCUUGCCGUCCCUCGCAGUGCUCCGUGUUGCCGGAGAAUUCGUCGGAUGGACGGACCCGCUUGCCCCUCCGUUUUACCGCCAUCUCAGCCGGUAUCGCCACCUUCGAGACUUGAUCUUGGACAUCCGUUCGCAGCCGAGAGGCGCUGCGUACUAG